CGAACAGCCUUGCGGCAGGUUCGUGUCAUUGUUCAACAGUAUUUCAUCAAUUGGGCUAUAAUAUGUUGAUCGAUUCUCACCGGGUCAGCGUUAUCUAGGACGCAAGUUCCCCUCACCUUGAGUCUGCCCUGAUUCCCUUUUUCAAGAUAUCCCUUGACUACACCUGCGUCUCUUCUUACCAUCUUCCUCAUUUCUUGAGUAUGCACUUCGUUCGCUUCUUUGCGUAUAUUGCUCCUUGUCUCUCUGUUGCGCGUGCCACGUUCAGUGUGACUGUUGGGACUCCCACUCAAUGCGAUCCUCUCGCCAUUUCAUGGACUGGUGGCCAAGCACCAUUUGAGAUAAUCUUAACUCCCUCUCUUGGAGAGUAUCAGAAUUAUUCUGUACCACCAUCAGCCUUCAGCAAUGGCAAAGGCUCUUAUUCAAUAUCGCAAUUAUCGUUGUCAACGGGAACAUCGUUUCUACUCACUAUGUCUGACGCCACCGGAUUUGGUACGGGUGGGACGACAAACGAAUUAACUGUUGGGAAUCCGACUACAAAUAACAACUGCAACACUACACCUCAGACACCUCCUUUCACGUUUUCGUUUUCGUCAACAUCACUGACGCAAUGCAGUCCAUUGACCAUUUCGACCACUGGUUCUGUAGUCCCGCCCAUUACCGUUGUGCAACUUAUUCCUGACGGACAACCAGUCGUGUUUAAUGCCGUGAAUAGCCCUUUUAACUUCGUGGUAGACGUUAACGCGGGGACGGACCUCAUGUAUUUUGUCACCGACUCUCAGGGCACACAAGGUGGUGUCUCUGGGAUCGAGCAGGUCUCAGGGUCGAGUGAUUCCUCGUGCCUAAGCGCCAACUCGCCGUCAUCCACUGCAGGCAUGUCGGCCACGAUCACGGCUUCAUUGACAUCUAGUUCAAGCAGUCCAUCAAGCAGUCCAUCAGGUAGUCCAUCAAAUAAUUCAUCACACAGCAACGUUGCUGUUAUCGCAGGCGCAGCGGGCGGUGGCGGUGGGGCAGUCCUUAUUGCAUUGGUCAUACUCGGCAUGUGCUUGUGGCGUAAACGGAGAGCGUCUCGCUCUCCGGACAUUCAAUCUUCUAUACAAAGCCAUCCACGUCGAAUGCAGCACACAGAUCCAAAAUACGAAGCCAGCUCUUAUAGUGACGUUCUACCACAAUCCCCUUUCCCUCACAAGACAAAUCCCCUCAGCUACCAUACCCAACCCAUUCAACCCAGCCUGACAACUCAAUCAGAAUUGACCAAUUCGUCCACGGGCAACUUCGCAGUUGGCACCCCUCCCUCGUCAUUCAACCAGACACAACAUUCGCGCCAGAGCUCUAACACAGACUUUCCUGUUUACGGGGAUGCUCGAAGUUCGGCCAUGUCAUCCGCUUACAACCAAAUGUCUCAACCAAUGUCACCGAAUUACCCAGUACAAUACCCUGCUGGCUACCCUCCACCUGUUCGACCCGGCAGCCAAUCACUCCCUCUUAAUACGUCUACCGGAAACUUCACAUUCAGCGAUCGUCCGUACACCGUUCAAUCAGACACUACAUUCACACCAGAGCCCAAACGCAGAACUUUGCUGUGUAUGGAGACCCUCGAAGUUCUGCUGCUAUGUCAUCUGUUGACAGACGAAUGAGUACCAUCACUGAAACGCCAUUACCAUUACCAUGGGAGACAGGUCCUGUCAGCUACCUUGGUCCUCCAAUUCAACCUGGGUCCCAACCAAACCCUAUU